AUGGAAGUUGAAGCGACAAAAACCAUAUCUUUGUCUUCAACAGAAGCCAAAUAUAGAUCUAUGGCAACGGCAUGUUGUGCGUUGUCUUGGCUUCGAUCUCUUCUCAAGGAUUUGCUCAUCCAUCAUCGCCAAUCUGCGUUGUUGUAUUGUGACAACAAGGCAGCUUUACAUAUUGCCACUAACCCAAUAUUUCAUGAGAGAACAAGACGUUGA